UAACACUGGCAAUCAAAAACUACAUAAUACAUAACAAUACAACCCAAGCCCACAGAAAACAAUUCAGCCCUUAGUAGUAAGUAAACGGGAACAAAAUGUGAAAAAAAAACAAAACAAACUCAAUACAUAUAAUUCAGUAGGUAUAUUAUGUUCUAAGAGGGAAGAGUCAUUAGCAUAUUUUUAAGUUUACUUUUAAAGCUAUGUUUUUGUAAGACUUUCAGACAACCGUUAUAAAGUUUAAAAACACCGUUAUAAAGUUUAAAAACCUGGUAAGAGAAACAUCGCGUAAACAAAGCGGUCUUGUAUAGUGGCGGAGAGAGAAGUCCCCUAAAUCUUAAAUUCAACGUAUGAACAUCCUCUCUAAACAUUAUCUUAUUGGUUAGAUAGGGAGGGGAUCCACUUAUUAUGAUCAUAUGAAACAAAACCAUCGAGUGUAGCUCCCGUCUCUUAACCAUAUUCAACCACCCGGCACACACGAAUUUCGAAUUCGGUCGAAUUUAUUAAAAUCUUGGCAUAAAUAGAAUUACAUGUUAUGGUUUAUUAAAAGUUUAAAAAUCUUACAUAAUUUAUUUAAAUUUAUUCAUUAAAUUUAAUAUUUUUCAAAUUUAACAAAAUUCUAUUAUACAGGGUGAUGAAAACGAUAGUCAACAUUACUCAAAAAAACAAAUACAUUUGGCAAUCACCACAGGGCAAAUUAAUUUAAAUUCAAACCAAAUAUUACGUGGCCAAUGAAUAAAGUCUUUAAAGGAGUACACUAUAAGCUAUUCUUGUACCAUGACUAUAAGUAAAAAUACUCAAAAAAAUGUUUUUGCACCAUAAACGAAUAGUACUAGAGACUCAUUUAAUCGAGUCAAUAAUCAAAGCCCCACAUCAAAGAUGUGGGGCCACUGUAGCCAGUCGACUUAUUCCAUACCCGCCAAAUUCAAAAGUUAUUGGACCUGUUUACAAUUGCCUCUGUUUACCAUUACCCCAACUAGCCCUACCUGUUCAUAUCUUCAUAUCUCGGCAAAACAUUUUCAUCAAUACAUUUAUGAGCUCCAAAUAUAGGGCAUUGUAAUUCACUCCCAGGUUUUACGCGACAUUUUAUUUAAACUCAACUCCGAAUACUUAAGCUAAGUUCAUAUAGCAACGAAUCACGAAAUACGAAUCACGAACUUUAACGCCAUUGGUCAGAUUUAUUGGGGAGAAAGUUGAGAAGUGUCUUAUUUAAGUUUUUAAGAAUUCGUAAAAUUUAAAAUCUAGGGGGCGGGAAACUUGAACUCAUUUCAAGAUUUUCCGAUAUUCGUGACGAAUUUGGCCUUAAUUUGACAGUUUGCAGAUUAACAAUAUUAACAUUUUAGGUUAGGUUACUGUUGACUGUUGAUUAUUUGUUAUUUGUGAUGUCUGAAUUUGAUGUAAGUAAUUAAUAGUAUUAUAAUAUUCAAUUAUUAAUAUUAUACUAGGUAUUUAUAGGAUAGGUAAUUUAUUUUUUGCCGACUUUUUUAAGUAAAUUAUUUAUUUUCAUAUCAGCAAAAUUUUUAGUACCAAGUUGAGUGCGGGGAAUGUGGGGAAACCUUAACUUUGAAAGAAUUUGAAAAACACACUUGUGCAGAAACUCAGGAGUCUCUGUCGUCGCAAUCCAUACAGAUUGAAAAUGAAUCCCAAACAGAAUUAGUAACUGACAAAAACUUUGUUGGAAAAUUAGCAGAGGCUGUCCAAGCGAGGCCAGCAUUGUGGGAUCAUACCCUGCCUCUGAAGCAAAGAGGCAAAGAUAUAAGAGAAAGAUUAUGGAUGGAGGUUUAUAAUGAAUUGGGAGGAAAAUUAACUCUAGAAAACCUAAUUAAAAAAUUUACUUACGAGACACUUUCUUAAAACAUUUGAAGUAUGUAUGUACAAAUCUUGGAAACUUUUUUUGGCCACGACUGUGCCUUUUAACGAUUUUAUCAGUUAGGUAAUUGCGACACAUAAUUAAUGUCUUAAUUUAACUAUUGCAGAACUUACACCCCUUCAGGCUCGGGAACAAAUGAGAAAAAGCAAUGGAAAUAUUUCGACAAUUUUCUUUUCCUGGCUGGAAAAAAUAUGCCGAAAAUUACAACAUCGAAUAUCUGUGCGAAUACUAUUGAAGUAGGAACUACAGAUAAUAAUAAAACAAAGGACUUUAUUCCGUCAAGAAGUGUAUCAUCCAGUGAUAAUGACCUGUACCUGUCAUCACCUGCAUCCAAGCGCAAAAAAAGAAAUGCCAGAGAAACAGACACAGAAGAUAUGUUGCUAAAUAUUGUGAAGGAACCUCUUCCAACCUUUCCCCCUCAACCACAACUCUCCCCAGCCCUGAUGACAGUUCAAUCUGUAUUGGAGAAAUUGCCUGCAGGAAGGCGGAUGAAACUAGAAUUGCAAUUUAUUAACAAAGUGUAUUCUGAAUAUGCAGAGUUUGUUGAAACUGAAUAAAUACUACCUAUUUUUAAGUGGCGUUUAUUAGCACAAAAUAAGUAUUAAAAAUACAACUG